UUUCCAGGCGCCGUCUUGUCAGCGCUUCAAUGCUGCUGUCCUGCCUCACCUACAUCUCCUCGCCCCGCCCGCACUCUGCGCCAGAGCUCUGACCGUCCGUCCCACUCGCCCGCGUCAGAUAGGGCACAUCCCGAGCGACAUACGUUGCCAUCGCGCGUCCUUGUAUCGCGCCACCGUCCGCUUGAACUCAGCCCCACCACCGUUGCGGCAACCCAUGGCUUGAGCGGCCCGUGACCCUCCAUACAAUACUCGCCCUCAUGGCAUCCAGCUCCCAAUCUACCGGCGAGGCGCAUUCCUCGCCCUCGCCCGCGACCUUCAAGUUCCCGGCCUUUUCGCCCGACGUUCUGCCCCCACAAGCCGAGGGAGGCUUCGCAGACAUUGGCAUACCCGUCCGUUCCUCGCCCAGCCCGCUCAAAAAAGGUGACGUUAAUGGGCUCCCUCCAGGCGAUCGGUGGUAUCCCCGCAGGGACAACAGCGCGCGGUGGAGCAAUGGAGGCAUCAACACCGGCGCAACGCGACACGGGCGCCAGAAGAGCUUGAGCGAAGCGUGGAGGACCAUAAAAACACGACGGGGUAGCGUCAGCCAGAACGCGCAUGAAAUCGCCGGCGCGCUCAAGGCGCCAGUAUCGGCGAAGCUCAUCCUUCUUUGCGGGAUUUGGUACACGACCUCGAUUCUCUCCAACACCUCUUCGAAAGCAAUCCUUACAGCGUUUCCGAAGCCGGUUACCCUCACUCUCGUGCAGUUCGCGUUCGUGUCAUCCUGGUGCAUACUUCUGGCAAGGCUGGCGAAAAUAUAUCCGCGCCUCAAGGUCAUGAUCCCAGCCCUGAAAUACGGCAUUCGUCCACCCAGUAGAGAUUUGAUCCUCACGACGCUGCCCCUCACCGCCUUCCAGAUUGGUGGACACAUUCUAAGCUCCGACGCCAUGUCCCGAAUCCCUGUCUCGCUGGUCCACACAAUCAAGGGUCUGUCACCUCUUUUCACCGUCAUGGCCUAUCGCUUCUAUUUCCGGAUCCAUUACUCCACCGCCACAUACCUAUCUCUCGUACCGCUCACGCUGGGUGUUGUCAUGGCUUGCUCAGCGAACUUUAGCGCAAACUUCCUGGGCUUGCUCGCGGCGUUCGGCAGCGCCCUUCUAUUCGUGACGCAGAACAUUGUUUCCAAAAAGCUGUUCAAUGAGGCGGAACAAGCGGAACAGGACAAUGCGCCGCAGGCUCGCCGCAAGCCUGACAAGUUGAACCUGCUCUGUUAUUCUUCUGGUCUGGCGUUCCUUUGCACGGCGCCCAUUUGGCUUUUCUCCGAGGGCUUUGGAAUCAUUGGCGAUUUUCUCUACGAUGCGUCCAUCGACCUAAAUGUGCGGCCUGGGUCGCUCGAUCAUGGGCGCCUCGCGUUGGAAUACCUCUUCAACGGAACGUUUCAUUUCGGACAGAAUCUUGUCGCAUUUGUACUGCUUUCGAUGGUGUCUCCAGUCACCUACUCUGUCGCCAGCCUUAUCAAACGUGUCUUUGUCAUUGUCUUUGCCAUUGUCUGGUUCGGCAACAGAAUGAGUGCGAUUCAAGCAUUCGGUAUUGGGCUAACCUUCCUCGGCCUUUAUCUGUAUGACCGCACUCGCGACAAGAAGGCCGACCAUAAGGCAAAGAUGGUACAUGGCGGCAAGCAAGAGAAUCUCUUGCCUCUUACGCUAGAGAAGCUGGCGGAUAGAGGCUCAGGCACUUCUGCAUCUCCAGUGCAGGCGUCGGGCAAUGCGUUUGCUAAUGGGUUCAAUAGAGACGAGAAGAAGAACGACGAUGCCGGAGUCGGGAGCAGACCGAGAAGAGAAAGCGGCGCUGUGGGCUGGCUACCACCGGGGACGAGACAAGAGGACACAUGGCGACCAAGCGACGUGGUGGCUAAUCAUGGGUUACGCGUUUCCUAGUUAUGAGAUGGUGCGGCAUGGGAGGCGUUCGCUGGGGGGUGUAUUGCACAAAAGUCAUAUACAAUAAAGCGUUCAGCUAGAGCGUUGGUGGUGAGGCGAGAGAGUCUGUGAGGACAGCUUUAGCAAGAGAGCUUGUCCGGUGUAAUGAUAUACAUAGUGCUAUGAAUUCAACGAGUACGCGGGAGAC